AUGAGCCAACUCUAUCGCACCCUCACCGGCCAAUCGCAUCAGUCGCAUCAUUCAGAGCAUUCUACUCAAGCCCAUCCGACUCUGACGAGAACAACGACCACCGAUCCUCUGACGGGCACCCUCCACCACCUCACUCCUACGCAAGAAGAAAAACUUGUAGACUUCAAGAAAGAACUGCAAAAAGGAGGGUGGUGGACGCCUGACGGGAUCAAUGGCAAACCCUCCCACGAUGAUGCAACGCUUCUCCGAUAUCUGCGCGCUCGCAAGUUCGAUGUGGACGGUGCAAUUGGCCAAUUCACAGACACAGAGAAAUGGUUGAAAGAUCAGCGGGUGGACGAGCUCUACAACCAUUUCGAUGUGGAAACCUACGAAAGAGCGCGUCUUAUGUAUCCUCAAUGGACCGGGCAUCGAGAUAAGCGAGGCAUUCCCAUCUACGUAUACGUGAUCAAAGGACUCGACGGCAAGAAUGUGUCCAAAUAUCAGAAAGAGUCGCAAUCAUACAAAGACAGCCUUCCAUACCACAAAACCCUCUCCACACCAGCAAAACUCAUUCCUCUAUUCGCCUUAUACCAGAAUUUGCUCAACUUUGUCCUGCCACUGGUUUCUACUCUCGAACGGCCAAACCCUGAAGUCCCCGUGACAAAUUCCACAAACAUUGUCGACAUUUCUGGCGUCGGAUUGACCCAGUUUUGGAAUUUGAAAGGCCACAUGCAAGACGCUAGUGUGCUAGCCACGGCACACUACCCCGAGACGCUGGACAGGAUAUUUAUCAUCGGUGCCCCUUCGUUCUUCCCGACCGUAUGGGGUUGGAUCAAGCGAUGGUUCGAUCCUGUAACUGUCUCGAAAAUCUUCAUCCUAAGCAAGCACGACGUGAAACCGACUCUUUCGAAGUUCAUGGAGACCAAGGACUUCCCGAAACGAUACGGCGGUGACCUCGAGUGGGAAUGGGGCGAACUCCCAGAUCUCGACGACGAGACACGUGCGGCUCUAGAGAAGGAUGGAAAUAAAGGCUGGGUUAGAGGUCCAUGUCAAUGGCUUGAUGGGAAGAGAGUGGUCGUCGGCUCCGAGAAGGGCAAAUUGCGAACUCCAGAUGAAGAAGUUGAGAAGAAGCGACCGAUUGCUUAUGCGGCAGAUUACACAGAGCUUCCCGUCCACGCGGGCAAAGGCCUCCCGCACGUAUCAACAGAGAAUGGCAAGACUGGAGCUAACGGCACAGCCAAGCCUCAUCAUCACGCUGAAGCCGCAUCCGCCGCGGCAACAGGUGGUACUACUGCAGCCGCUAUCAUCGAGAGCAAGACAGCGUCGAAAGAACCGGAACAAGCAUCGACCACAGUACAGACGGUUCACCAGUCCACAACAAUUGACACACGAGCUUCCUCAGACAACUCAGCAUCACAACAACAUCCCCAUCCGCCAUCACAGCCUCAGCCUGGACCUAUUCCCGCGCACUCUGCGGCAAUGACCCAAGCUAUCGCAGAUCAACUGAACGGUGAGUCAGUCUCGACAAUUCCAGAGACGGCGAACGGACAUGCACCCAAUGCCGAGAAUACAGGACACGGUGAAGUGACCGUGGCAAGUGAUCCGGCCAAAGGUCUGGCCAUCGAAACGGAGAAGCUGGCCAUGACAACCCAGAACGGUCACGGUGGGGAUGAAAAGGAGAAGGAAAUCGAGCGGCCUCCGAUGGAAAGAUUUGUCACUGCCACCGAGGUGUAA